UUUUGGAGUUCUUCCUCGUGUUCCCCUAGUGCAGCAGGAGUGGUCUGAGUUGGUGUGAGUAGGCUGCUGCAGGGGAAGGAUGCUUUGAGGUGAAAGUGGAAGUCACUUAGAUGGUGAAGGAUGGACAGGGAUGAUGGCCAGGAGGGGUGGUCUGCCUGCAGUGAGGUUGGGCUGUCCUACCUAAUGCUUCACUGACUCUGUUCAUGCCAGCCCACCAGCAGCCCUGCUUCACUCCACCUCUCAUCCUCACAAAAUUUCGCUGAUGUCUCCCACCCAGCCCUGCUUUGGCAAACAACCUUACAAAGCUGUUUGAACCAGCCCUGCAGAUGGGCUUAAAAAAUAACCCAAGCUUUUUAUUUACAAAAUCAAAACCUCGCAUUUAGGAUUUUGGUGGCAAGUAGAAACAGGUGCAAGAGAGGUAGGCCAUAUUCUUCAGACCACCAGCCAAGUACUCUGCAGCUUUUGGUCAGGAAGCUGCUGGUUGAGGCUAAAUCCCUGCAGCAAUGCUUCACCUGCUAUUAUCACUUUAUCUGAAGUCAUAAACACAGCCAGUGAAGAAAUUAUUUCCAGCAUCUUAAAAAGGACUUGGUUCCAUAAUGCACAUAUUAGCUCAAUGGCAGUUGCUUUCACUAGCAGCAGAUUUUAGGUAGAAUUCUCCUGCUGAAGGAGCUCCUUUAGUUGCCACCUUUCACAGGAUAUUAGGCUGGCUAGAYGAGCGAUCUUUCCCCUUAUGGCAAUACUUAUGUCUUGUUUUUCGAAAGAUCAUUGCCUUGCUUGUGCUUGUUGGCAGUCAGGUUGUUACCAGCAGUACUCAUAACACGUUACUGUUGUUAAUCAUCAUAUGCCUGUGCAUAUUAAUACUUAAAAUGAGAUGUUUAAUUAAUGCCAAGUUUCAUGUGAGCAUCUCCCAGGGUUUUCCAGCUGAAAAGGCUUUUGUUUCCAGUACACCACAGUGCUAUCAGUGGACCACCAGAGCAGGGCUGCCUGGUGGUGUGUCCUGGCUGCCCCGUGGAGUGCUGCAACUGCACACAUGUGCUUGGAGAAGCUCACACGAACACGGACAUUGACAUCACCUGUAUUUGUGGAACUGCCUCAUCAGCUGCUGCCGUCUCACAUUCCUGGCUGGGAGAGGCACCCGGGCGGCUCGCCAUGGUUUACUCCUUUCUCAGAAUCCACAGGGAGACUGGGUGAGGGCAAAGCUUGGAGAUGCACUUCUCCCAUCAUGUCAUCUAUUUACAUGGCACAUGCCUUGUGUGUGUGUGAGACAGCGAGGGCUUUUAUUUUUUUCCCUCUGCCCUAGUUCUUCUUUCUGGCUGUGGUGAGAUGGAAAGGUGGGACGCUCUCAUCUCUGCUAGCAAAAAGGUUUCCUGUAUCUGAGGCUGGCUUGGAAAUUCUUUAGGUGACAUCACACCGUGUCUGUGCAGACUCAUUGUUUGUCAUGGAAAAGCCAUUCAUCCAUACACAACUUCCUUCCUUCCCAGACUCAGAGAUAAACUUUCCAUUCUGUCUAUUCCCUAUAGAAACAGACCCAAAACAUGUAUGCGUGGCUACACACACAUACACCUCACCAUCACUCCGUCACGCUCGGGGCUGUGGGAGGAGGAAAAGGGAGGAUAUAGAAGAUGUGAAUAAAGUCACCCUGUUUUCUUCAGACAUGGAUCCUGCUGUGCCCAAGCAGUAAAACUCCCCUCCCACUGAGGUGCUGGGUCACACAAGGCUUUUUUGUCCUGAGGCUAAUUCUGGCACUUGCAGCCCCACAUCUGCCUGCCAGGUGAGAUGGGCUACCAGCUGCAGGUACAGCACAUCUGGAUGGGGGAGGAAGCGAAGCGUGCUGCAAACAAACACAGCAAGUCCACCGUGGCGGGUGCAAGGAAUUCGAUAAAAAAUAUACUUCAGCAGUCUGAGCUGCCAAGGCUGGUGAUUCAUGUCUCGGGUGCUGCUUGYGAGGCAGACGGCAAGGCUGGGUACUUGUGUACCCCACAGCCACAACUUGGGGGUCCUGUGUGUUCAGCCUGCCUUUGGGGACCCACUGCUGCCUGGGCUGGGGAACACCAGGCCUGGUGAAGGAGGCUGAGGCGUGGGGGGCAUUUUUCUGUGGAACAGAGGUGGGAACUGUGUGSUGCAGGGUAGGACAGGACCUUGUAGGACAUCUUGUAGAGAUGGAGGCAGCAGCARCGGUGUUGAUGGUCUGAUAAGGUGUUUGUUUCCCUACGGCAUGAGGGAGGCAGGGUGUGAAGAGCACCUAAGAAGUACCUGCACGGUACAGGACGCCUGCAUUUGCCUUCUGCCGCUGUCAGGGGGAGACAGGGCUGAGGAGCUGCCGGACUGCCCUGCCUUUGAGGGCGCCCCGUCCCGGCGGCCGGCUCCGCGGGGGCUGCCCCCGCAGCCCACCAUGACCGGGCCGAGGCUGGCCCUCGCCGCCGCGCUUCUCUGGAGCUGCACCUCGCCGGUGGCCGACGCCAACUCCUGGUGGUCUUUGGCCAUGAACCCCAUCCAGAGACCUGAGAUGUACAUCAUCGGCGCCCAGCCGGUGUGCAGCCAGCUGCCGGGGCUGUCCCCCGGCCAGCGCAAACUCUGCCAGCUCUACCAGGAGCACAUGGUGUUCAUCGGGGAAGGGGCCCGCAGUGCCAUCAAGGAAUGCCAGUACCAGUUUCGGCAGCGGCGGUGGAACUGCAGCACGGUGGACAACACUUCCGUCUUUGGGAGGGUCAUGAAAAUAGGUAGCCGAGAGACUGCUUUCACCUACGCGGUCAGUGCGGCCGGGGUGGUGAACGCCAUCAGCCGCGCCUGCCGYGAGGGAGAGCUCUCCAGCUGUGGCUGCAGCCGGACCGCCCGGCCCAAGGACUUGCCCCGAGACUGGCUGUGGGGCGGCUGCGGGGAUAACGUGGAGUACGGAUACCGCUUCGCCAAGGAGUUUGUGGAUGCCAAGGAGAGGGAGAAGAACUACGUGAGAGGUUCGGAGGAGCAGGCUCGCAUGUUGAUGAACCUGCAGAACAACGAGGCCGGUCGCAGGGCCGUGUACAAGCUGGCGGACGUGGCCUGCAAGUGCCACGGCGUGUCGGGCUCGUGCAGCCUCAAGACCUGCUGGCUGCAGCUGGCUGACUUCCGCAAGGUGGGCGACUUGCUGAAGGAGAAGUACGACAGCGCCGCGGCCAUGAGGAUCAGCCGCAAGGGCAAGCUGGAGCUGGUGAACAACCGCUUCAACAUGCCCACCCAGGAGGACCUGGUCUACGUGGACCCCAGCCCGGACUAUUGCCUCCGCAAUGAGACCACCGGCUCGCUGGGCACCCAGGGCCGGCUGUGCAACAAGACCUCGGAGGGCAUGGAUGGCUGCGAGCUGAUGUGCUGCGGACGGGGCUAUGACCAGUUCAAGAGYGUGCAGGUGGAGCGCUGCCACUGCAAGUUCCAUUGGUGCUGUUAUGUGAAGUGUAAAAAGUGCACAGAGAUCGUUGACCAGUAUGUCUGUAAAUGAAAGGAGCCACCAAAGCAACAAAUCUAUAUUAUAUAAAUCUAUAUAAAUAUAUUUUAUAUUUGUAUAAAUAAACAGAUGAUGAUAAUAAUUAAAGAAGCUUAUUUAAGA